CCAAUUUCUAAUGAAGAUAAUCGUGUACCAGAUGCUAUACAUCACCACUUAUGGAAAAAGAUAUAUCUUGAACGAAAAAGGACAUCGAUUCUACCAAUGAUUUCUGGUGUAUUCUUUUUCAAUUUGAAAGGCGACAAUGUCAUUUGUCGGACAUAUCGACAUGACUUGAAGAGACACGUAACUGAUGUUAUCCGUAUCCACGUUCUUGCGAAUCCUGAAUUACGAACUCCAAUUGCAACAUUUGGUUCCACUAGUUAUGCCUAUGUCAGACACGAAGAUUUAUAUAUUGUUACGGUUGCAAAAGGAAAUCCAAAUGUAAUUAUUUUACUGGAAUUCUUAGAGCGUUUGAUUGAGGUACUGUCUCGUUAUUUUGACAAAGUCAAUGAAAGUUCCAUCAAGGAGAACUUUGCGUUUAUUUACGAGUUGCUGGAUGAAAUGGUUGAUUUUGGAAUUGUACAAAUGACGGAACCGCAUGCACUCGCUCGAAAUUUGACCAUUAGCCCAACAAAAAAGAAAGAUUCCUCUAUUUUAUCAAUGAAGCGCUCUAGCUCUUCCCAGACUACGGCAAGUUAUCCAAGUGACCAAUCCAGAUCUGUUCCAUGGAGAAGAGCAGGUAUAAAAUAUCGUAAUAAUACAAUAUAUCUCGAUGUUGUUGAACGAUUAAAUCUUCUCAUUAGUUCUACAGGCAAUGUUUUACGGUCCGACAUUUCUGGGUCAGUGCAUAUGCGAGCUUUAUUAUCGGGUAUGCCUGAGUGCCAAUUUGGUCUUAGCGACAAAUUAGACUAUAAACUAAAGUAUAACGAUGAUCGGAAAAAUUUUCUCCGUUCACAAAACGAUUCUGCAGCCUCUGAAGGAAUUACACUCGAAGACUGCCAAUUUCAUCAGUGUGUGAUGCUUCCUGAGUUUGAAAAUGAACGCAAAAUAUCAUUUAUUCCUCCAGAUGGUGAGGUUGAGCUUAUGAGUUAUCGCUGCCAUGAAAAUAUUCAUGUACCUUUUCGUAUACAUCCUAUUGUUGAACAGUUAUCGAAACAAAAAUUAAUUUACCGAAUUAGUAUCCGCUCAAGCUAUCCACACAAACUUUCUACAUCUCUUAAACUUCGAAUACCUGUUCCGGAAAACGUUGUAAAGGCUAACCCUAGAGUGAAUCGAGGAAAAUCUGGUUAUCAACCUUCGGAAAACAUAAUCAGUUGGAAUAUACCUUACUAUUUGGGAGAGAUGGAUCUAAUCUUGUACGCUGAAGUCGAAUUAUCAAGUACUACCAAUCAACAACAUUGGUCUCGUCCCCCGAUUUCUCUUGAUUUCAAUAUCCAAAUGUUUGCCAGCUCUGGCCUAAAAGUAAAAUACUUGCAUGUGCAAGAACCAUCUAACAGUAAAUACAAAAGCAUAAAGUGGGUACGCUACGCGACGCGUGCCGGCACAUGUGAAAUUCGGUUUUAG